AGACAAAUAAAAAACCAAGACACAAGAUUUAAGGUACUAUGCCAAUAAUAUGUGACAUUGGAGCCACAAUAUUUUUGUAAGAAUUAAGAAUAUUCUUGUACCUGAGAGCAAUUCAGAAGGAUUAUUGUGAUUGGCUAAAAAUUCUGAUAUUAUUUACAUCAUUAUCCAUAUUAUUUUCUACUUUAUUAAUAUUUAUUCAAUGUUAUUCAAAUAUGUGGACUGAAGUAGAACUACCCACAUCAUGGGGAGUCAUGCGAGGGAAAAGAUGGGGCAGUGGCCCACAGAAACUGCUGGGUGUUCAUGGCUGGCUGGAUAAUGCAAAUACAUUUGACCGUAUACUUCCUCUGCUGACAUGUGAUUGCACCUUUGUUUCCUUGGACUUACCUGGCCAUGGGAAAUCAGAUCAUUUUAGUCAAGGCUUUAUUUAUGAUCCAAGGGGCUAUGUUGGAGCUAUUAAGAAGAGUGUUGAGGCAUUAGGAUGGAACAAAUUCCAUUUUGUGGGCCAUAGUAUGGGUGCUGUUGUUGGCAUUAUCUAUUGCUCUGUCUUCAAAGAAGAUGUUGAAUCUUUUGUAUCAAUAGACAUCAUAAAACCAUGGUCCUUCAAACCUCAAGAUUAUGCACCCAAGUUACUCCAGUAUUUUCAAUCAUAUUUUGACAAUGAAAAAAAGAGCACCCUGCCACCCCUUGUGUACCAAAAAGAAGAACUGAUCUCCAAAACAAUUUCUGGCAGUGGAAAUUCUUUGGAUGCUUCUGCUGCUUCACUUUUGCUUGAAAGAGGCGCUGUGCCCAGUAAAGAUGGCUCAGGCUUUCUACUCACCAGAGAUCUAAGAGCCAAAACCUACUUCAUUGGCUUCUUCUCCUUUGAGGCUUGGUUAGCUAUGGCAGAAUCCAUAACUUGCCCCAUUCUCAUUAUCAAGGCUGAUGAUGGUCAUGGUUACGAGUCAGCUGAGAAAUAUGCUGAGAUGCGGCAGGCAUUUGAGCGCAACUGUAGCUUAUACCGCUACUAUACUCUGCCCGGCACUCACCAUGUGCAUCUCCUGCAUCCUUCACCCAUUGCAAGUUUCGUCAAUGCUUUCUUUGAAGAUCUUCUCAAAGUCGAGUGUGAUGAAGUGAAGUGCAUCAAUGGUGCAUCUUUAGAAACAAAUUCCUGUGCAUAUUUAACCAAUGAUGCCAGUCAAGUAGUAAAAACUGUGUCUACUCCCAGCCAGAGCUCCGAUGGCGAUGAAUGCUCCAAAGAAAAGAGUAUUUGUGAUGAGGAUUAGGUUAUUUUAGUACGUAGUAAUUAAAUAAUUAAUUCUAUGAUUUCAGUCUCUGAGAAAACAUUGAGUCUUUGGCAAGAAUGUAAGGAUGAUUAACAACUUUCUCUUCUGACUAGCCAUUUACAUAUACUCUGGUUUAGGAUUAAAUGUUGGUGAUCAUGUAUAUUUUUCUGAUGAAUCUAAUUCAAAGCAGAUACUGCAAUAUGAUAUGUUAUUUUGCCAGUUGGUGAAUUUAUUGAAUAAUUUAAACAUGCGAAUAAAUUUAACACAUGAACUUUAUUACCAUUUACAUGUGAAUGUCAUGCUGAUGAUGGUGUUAAAGCCUUGUGUAAAGUUAAUACCUACUUGAAGAAGUUAAUUCCAAGCCUGGCCGAGACAACUUCCAAGUAUUAUUUUCAGGUAAUUCACUGCAUUGUUCUUUAUUGAGACUUGCAUUUCUAAUCAUCAGCCAAAUUCUUGCUGCACUCUUCAUCUUAUAUUUGUCAACGUUUAUGGGUUUGUUUGUUUGUUUGUGAGCAUGGCUGAAGCCUGGCAGUGGAAAUAUAGGAGGUGAUGAGGCGUGACUCCAUGAUAAUGAUUGUUUAGAAAUUGAUUGUCAGAAUAAAACACUAGAAGAAAUCUUACUUAGGUAGAUUCAAAUUUCAUUCUAAAAUAAUUUAGUGUUUAAUUUGAAUUUAGCAUUACUUAAAUGGAAGUUGUGUGCUAAGCAUUGA